UGAUGGCGCUGGCGGCGCUGGCAUCGCAGCCCGGGGUGGCUGGUGGCGCCGAGACCGUCGGGAACGCCAGCGUGGGUCUUAUUGAAUUUUCUGUGGGGAAAUUUAGAUACUUCAAGCUCAACAGACCCUUUCCAGAGGAAGCUAUUUUGCGUAAUAUUUCCAGCAAUGCGACUUUUCUUAUUUUCCAAAUACACUCACAGUAUCAGAAUACAACCAUUUCUUUUUCUAAGACUCUCCUUCCCAGUACCUCGGGAACAGGCACUGACAAAGGACUGGUUUUCAUUCUUAGACCAGAGCAGAGUAUGUGCUUUUGGUAUUUGGAGACUUCAGAUGCUGAGCCUGUCCAAAAUAUGGCCAUUCCACUCUCCUACUCAGAAAGAGAUCCUAUUCCUGGAGGCUGUAAUUUGGAAUUUGAUUUAGAUAUUGACCCCAACAUUUACUUGGAGUAUGAUUUCUUUGAAACAACUAUCAAAUUUGCCCCAGCAAACCUAGGCUAUGCAAGAGGCACAGAUUCUCCGCCAUGUGACACGAGGACGGGGCAGGAUUCUAGGUGGAGGUUGCAGUAUGACGUCUAUCAGUAUUUUCUGCCUGAGAAUGACCUCACUGAAGAGGGGUUGCUGAAGCAUCUGCAGAGCAUGGCCGAAGUGCCUCAGGUGAUGGCCAAUGCUAUUAAGGUGGUUACUCUAACAGCUAAUGAUAAGACAAGUGUUUCCUUCUCCUCCCUCCGGGGACAAGGUGUCAUUUAUAAUGUAAUUGUUUGGGAUCCAGUUCUCAAUACAUCUGCUGCUUAUGUUCCUGCUCACACAUAUGCUUGCAGCUUUGACGCAAUGGAGGGUAAUUGUUCUUCUCUUGGAAGAGUAUCGACCAAAGUGUUUUUCACUCUUUUUGCCCUGCUUGGUCUCUUCAUUUGUUUCUUUGGGCACAGAUUCUGGAAAACAGGCUUUAUCUUCAUGGGAUUCUUCUUUUAUAUACUGAUUACCAGACUGACACCUAUUAAGUAUGACGUUCGUUUGGUUCUGACAGCCAUCGCUGGAAGUCUUGGUGGGAUUUUCUUGGUAGCUGCUUGGUGGCGAUUUGGCAUCCUCACGCUCUGCAUGCUGUGUGUUGGACUAGUGCUGGGCUUCUUCGUCUCUUCAGUGACUUUUUUCACUCCGUUGGGAAACCUAACAAUAUUUAGUAAUGAUGCUGUGUUCUGGGUGACCUUCUCUUGUAUAGUUGUUCUCAUUCCAGUAAUUUUCAUGGGCUGCCAAAGAAUACUGAACAUCCUGACUUGUGGAUUCAUUGGCUCCUAUUCGGUGGUCUUGGCCAUUGACAGUUACAUGUAUACAAGUCUUUCUUACAUCGCUUUGAAUGUACUCAAGAGAGCACUGAGCCCUCAUUUCCGCAGAGCUUUCACAAAUGUGCCUUUUCAAACUAAUGGUAAGACCCUAAAUCCAAGAAUCAGAGCGAUAGUUAGGAAUAUUGGCUCACCUGUGCUAACAGAAGCACUUGGUAAUAGAAUGAAAGAUGAGCCGGAGGAAAGUUAA